CACUGUCAGUUAUCAGCCAGCGGUGUACGCCACCCAUUUCCACACGUUGGGCGAUGCUGUCAAGUUAGUGCCUUGCGUGCGUAUCUGUUAUGACACUAUGGAUGACGACUGCACCACCAAAAUAGAUGGGCGGAUAUACAAGUACGGGUUGGAUUGGAUGGAUGCUAAAACCAGGUGAUAUUUCUAACAAAUGACAUUGGAUCUUAUACAGCUUGGGGUGAACAUGGACCCUUUUAUUUCUUCGGCUCCUCCUUCUUCUCCUCAGGCUUGGGCGUUGGAAGCUUGAAAGACUCGGGUGUGCGGUCCUGUCCGGCUCCAACGGGCUCCCACGCACUGGAACCACCCUCAAAGUUACGGAAGGCCUGGGUGAGCUCCAGAGGCUCGGUGACGAUACGCUUCUUCUCCUCAUCGUAUCGGAUCUCAGUGUAACCAGUCAAGGGGAAGUCCUUUCGCAGAGGGUGACCCUCGAAACCAUAAUCCGUCAUGAUUCGUCGGAGAUCGGGGUGACCGGCAAAGAAGACACCGAAAAGGUCGUACACUUCUCGUUCGUACCAGUUGGCACCAUCAAAAAGUCCGGUAAUACUAGGGACAGGAGAAGCCUCAUCGGCGUAGGUCUUGACACGGAUUCGGGAGUUGUGACGGACCGAAAGAAGGUUGUAGACGAUUUCGAAACGGUUCUCGCGCGUGGGGUAAUCCGCAGCAGUGAUGGUGCUAACCUGGGUGAACUCUGCGGCAGUGUUGUCUGUCAUGUUUUAGCAGUUGCCUCGUGACCAAUUGACGUGUAACGGACAUUUCAAGAAGCUGAAGACAGGGUAGACACCCGAGGGAGAGAUAUAGAUGGUGAGUUCGUCCUUCCAGACGGAGAACUGCUGGAUGUACUUGGGCAGAACACCCAUCAACCAGGCACCAUAGCGGUGCAUGUUGUCCGACUUGCUCUGGUAUUUGUCGGCAGGGUUGACGAUCGGGGCCUUCAGGACGCUGGGGUGAUCUCGGGGGGCCUUUCGCAGGUUGGGAGACUCCUUCGGCAUUGCGACAUAUUGACGGGCAGUGCUGGACAAGCAACGGAUUGCUUGCUCGUUACGGAGCUGGACGGAGGGCUUCGCGGGUCGUAGAGCUGAGGCCAACGCCCUGCUUCGAGAAAUGCUUGUCGCCAUGGCCGGUUGUGUGACGAUUCGAGGCCAAUUAGCGAUGCAAGAUGUCGUCGAGACGAAAUACCUUACGGUGUUGGUAAUGAUGCCGCAAGCAUUGGCUCGAGAAUCUUAGCGGCAGAAGCGUGAAUGAGAUUUCCCGCACUUGAGCCGACAAUAACGCUAUACCUUGCCUUUAGUGCUUCUUCCUCAUAGAAUUAGGUACCCCGCUAUUUUACGUGUCCUUUGUCGACCUUCAAUGACGAGUAUGCCUACACGUGAUUCGAGCUGGAAAGCUAGACCGAGAAUAGCUUAGCUGUAUUUUCCAUCUUUCACUUUCCCGCAGCCUUGAUGCAUACCAAACACAGUUCCUCUCCUUGUACUCACAUAUCCAUUUCCACCCAUCGCACCUCGAACUUACUAUUUCUUGCCUUUCACCUUAAUUACAACCUCUCACAAUGGCGCCACAAGAUUCAUUCAUAGAAGAUGAGGAGGAUACCUGCCCCCUCUGCAUCGAAGAGUUUGAUCUUUCGGAUAGGAAUUUCAGACCUUGUCCUUGUGGCUACCAGGUGUGCCAGUUUUGUUUUAACAACAUCAAAAAUAAUAUGAACGGCCUUUGUCCCGCUUGCCGACGACCCUACGACGAAAAAACUAUACAGUGGAAAGUUGUUACGCAAGAGGAGGUCGCCGAGUUUCGGGCCAAUAUUCAAAAGAACCAAAAGAAGCGAGCUCUAGAUCAGCGACAAAAAGAACUACAGAAACGCGAAGCCGAAAAGGAAAACCGUAAAAAUCUGAUCGGCGUUCGUGUUGUCCAAAAGAACUUGGUCUAUAUCACGGGUCUUGCACCGACUGUUCGAGAGGACGAACUUCUCAAGACGCUACGAAAGCCCGAGUUCUUCGGCCAGUACGGAAACAUCCAAAAGAUAUCCAUUAGUAACCGAAAGAGCUCUGAUGGCCAACAUCAGUCGCUUGGCAUUUACGUGACUUUCGAACGCCCGGAAGAAGCGACACGGUGCAUCCAAGCUGUGCACGGAUCCCACAACGGUGAUCGAGUCCUAAAGGCGCAGCACGGCACGACGAAAUACUGUUCAGCUUGGUUAAAGAACGAAAAAUGCGGCAAUCCUGGUUGCAUGUUCUUGCAUGAACAAGGCGAUGAGGAGGACAGUUACUCACGACAGGACUUGUCCUCUAUGAACAGUAUAGGGUCUCAACGGCCUCUCCCCGGAGGCAGUUCGCGAUCGGCUUCCCGACAACAGAUUUCCCAUCCUACGCCGCCCCCCGUCGUAUCCCAUUCGAUGACACGCUCCAUUAGUAAAGAGGGUUCUGAGAAUGGUGCCGAUGGAUCAGCUUUACCUUCCUCGGCCAACUGGGCACGCAACCCACAGCGAAGUCGUAGAGGUAGCCUUGCUACUAGUGGUGCUGCUUCAAGCCCUGCUAUUUCAACAGCUCAGCCUGUUACCGCAGAGCCUGUGCCAGAAGAAGCGGUCGAAGAGGAAGAUGAGGAUGAGUUGGAGGAAGAGGAACCACAACAACCGGACCCAGUUGCUGGGCCGUCAUCAUCAAGGAGCCGGGAGCCUGAAUCACCUGCGCCAACUCAAGAGUCGCCUGAUACAUGGCUUAAGGAGAUCUACAAGACACUGCAAAGUUGUCCUAUGCCUAUCUUUCCUGAUUUUGACGAAGACCAAUAUCCACCUAUGUUUGAUCCUCGCGGUGGUGAGAAGCGCCGGGCCAUGCGAGAGGAGGAGGAUUCACGUUUGACCGGAGAACAAGAAGAGCAACCUGAGGUUCGCGAGCCAUCGGAAGGAGAACCUGAGACCGGUGGCAGCCUUGCUCUGGGAGGAGAGCCUGAAGACCGUGAUACUUCUAGCGACAACCGAGGCUUUGAUCGCCGACCUAGCACUCAGCCUCCCAUUCAGCGACUUUCUACUGACGGGCUCUUUGGACCUUCUCUCACCGGAGCUUCACCCUUUGGUCAGAGCUCGGGGAACCCUGGCUCGCGGUCUAUGACACCGCAGCAGUUGUAUCUUCGAUCUCAGGGCGGAUUUGGCGAUGCCCCUCCUGGCAUAACCAGCCAAAGCAAUGCUUUCCAGAACCAGGGUCAAAGCCAAGGUCAAGGCCACAACCGUCAAUCCUCUCGAUUUAGCUUUGCCAACGACAACGCGAGCUCUUCUACCAACGUCAAGGUCGCAGCUAACCCGCGUAUCAUGGCCCAGCAAUCCUCUAUGAUGCCCAACACGUUUCCAUCGCAGAGCAGCAACCAGUUUUACGGUGCCUCCAUGCCUGGACCUCCUCCUGGUCUGAAGUCAACCGGCACUCCCCCUAGCAUGUUCGGCCAGUUUGGUGGACAGGGCUUUGGCGCCCCCAAGGACAAUUCAAGUGAGCUUCUUCAGAGUUUAAUCGGCCGCGGUCGGGCUGGUAACAACCAGUCCCACGACGCGGGAAAGCGUGAGUUUAUGAUUUCUUCUUAUUCAAACCAGUACCCACCAUCCUCUACCUCAACCCCAGCUCCUUCUUCCGGGCUCCUGCCGCCUCUCUAUGGUAAUACACCUGGAGGGUACCAAGACAUGGGCUCUAAGCAGAAGAAGAAGGGAAAGAAGCACAGACAUGCUAACACUUCCUCCUCCGGGGGGAGUGGCUUAGUAGAUCUUGCAGACCCGAGUAUCUUGCAGGCGCGAAUGCAGCACCAGUCUCAAGGCAGCGCCGGAGUCGGACAGGGCUUGUUUGGCGGUCAGAGUCAAGAUGAUGAGCUCCCAUCCCUGGACGAGGCUACGAAUUCUGUCGACGCUCUAGUUUCUGACGACCCUAUACUGCCACCAAUUGGUCUGGAAGGUCGUACAUCUGUGCCUCCAGGCUUAUCGUUACCCCCAGGAAUACCAGCCAACAUAUCGAGACCUCCAUCUACUCAAGGUCAUGCAAAACUCACCAACAUUGUGCCAGCGUUGCCUAGAAUGCCACCCCCUGGACUCUCACAAGGUUCUCUAACGCCUGACCAGUCGCCUGCAAAGCUAAACCCAACGACACCUGUCUUGGAAGCAAAGAAAAAUAUCAAGUCUCUGGCGGCUGAAAGCGGACUCUCGCGAGAAAUCACGACACAAUCGCAACCGAAGCUUGCAAAGGCAAGUUUCUUACAGGACGAGGACUUUCCGGCUUUGGAUGCAUCGAAGAACAAGAGUCGACCCGCAACGCCUACAUCCAAGGCUACGCCAAAGGCCAAACGCCAUGCUGAGAGGAUUGUGGACAGAAUGAUGGCCAAGGCUGGAGCCAGCCUAGAGAGCACGACUCAGGAAACCAAUGCCGAGGAGACCAAGGUUCAAGAGACCAAGGCUCAAGAAGUUAAGGUAAAGGAGACCAAGGCCCAGGAAGCGAAACCUGCAUCAUCGUCUCAGGCAGCAGACAAGAAGCCCACUGCUGUCAACACUCAGGUUGGAAAGAAUGUUGCUGUGAAGACCAGUGAACUAUCUGCAACAACUGAGAAGUCAACAACAGAGACCUCCGCUGCCUUUCCUCCAUUGCCCACAGCCUCGUCUAACGCAAUUGCAUCCCCUGUCACACGCACAGCACCAAAGACGCUGCGUGUCAUUGCAACUCCCAAGACUGAGGCACCUCCUCCUGCCUCUCCUGCCUUGACCAUGGCAUCGGUUGCGUUGUCAGGCACUUCCAGAGCCGUUUCCGGUAGUUACAGGCCAGAUACACCUGCGAGCGAGAUGAUUAGUGACAACGCCUCGGUGGUGUCUGCCUCUGUGACCCAUUCUCGGGCAAGCUCGCCACCCCCGAGCAGAAUUGGGUCUGCUGCGGUAAGAACCACAACCAAGAGUCAACAGCGAAAGCAACGAAAAGAUGUUUUGAAGCAAGAAACAAAGUUGAUCGCUGAGGCUCCCAUUGCAGAGGCAGAGGUGCAUGCUCCUAUCAUGGGGCGCAAGAAGAAACAGAAGAAGGAAAAGCCCGUCAAGGCGACCCAACCAGAUGCUUCUACUAUCCCUGAGACUCCAACAGACGAGCCGUCCCAGCCACUAUCUCAGCAAGAGCCCGUCAAGGUGCCCGAAAGAGAGACAGAAGAGAAGCCUGCCAAGAGCAAGACUUCUCAAAAGAAGUCAACCAAAUCCAAGGGCAAAACAAAGGAGGUAGAGACUCAACCGACUCCCCCUCCUCCGGCGUCUCCUAAGGAGUCUAUCCCUGAUACUCAGGAGCCACCUGCAAGACCACAGCCUGAUCCUGCCUCGGUCUUUUCUGAGGUUAAGAACACUCUCUGGGCUUCGAGUGUAGAUAAACUCCAACUGUUUAAGCCCAUCGCCAACGGCUCAUCUCGCACCGACUACAGUGCUGCUAAGAACAACGCCAACAAGGCUGAGCAUUGUAAGGACUGCUCUUGCAAAUGUGGAGAAAUUCAAGAUGAGGAUCUUGCAGCGCUGCGCGCAGGGAAGCCUGUCCGAAAACAAUUCCACGUUGAUGGUAGCCGUAUGCUCAUUACCCCCAAUGGUGACUGCGUACGUGGUCUGACCCCUGAGGAAGAGGACGCUUUUCUGGAACUUCAAGCUGCCAUUGCUAAAACGGCAGAGAACCCCGGAUCGUUCAUUGCCCCUCGACAUCAGCCUGGUAGUGGAGCAUUCUCUCUUAUUAAGGGCCGAGCUGUUCCCAAUGGACGUCCCAACAUCUUCCCCGCCACUGCCCAGCUCCAGUCCCAGGACCCCAUCGGAAAGCUUCAGCGAGAGGACGCGCUUAGCUACAUCAACCAGUACGUUCUUCCUCGCCUCAACCUAGGUGCUACGAACAUGGGAUUUCCUAAGGGAGCAUCCCCUACCAAGGAUGCGGCUGCUGCGAGUCUUAACUCUCUCGCACCCUACUUCUAUGGUCCCGAUGCUGCCGCCGGUGUGGGUAUUUACAGCCCUCCUGAUGGAGCGCGGGCGAUGCAGGACUUCAGCUCAGCUGGAAUGUCGAGUGAAGAGCGUGGAAAGAACUUCGGCAUGGGUGUUGGUGGAAUGCCCCUGAUGAGUGUCGAAGAUGCAGAGGGUGCCCUUGCGGCUGCUCGACGAGAGACUGAGAAGUUGGAGAAGGGAUUGAACCAGGUAAUCAAGCGCAACAGACGACUUGUCCUUGGAGGAAACAACUAAAAAACAAAAACGCCACAUCGCAUUGUAACAACACACUGUAUUAUGACCAGGGGAGUUGGGGACCUUCAAUGGAUGACAUAUUGAAGCUGUAUGAUGUUAUGAAGCAAAAGCAUUCCACAAAGCGACGGAUGGCUUUGUAUGAUAAUCGAUAGGAUCAGCGUUAGACCAGUGUAACUAGGAAUCAUAAGCGUAUGAAGAAUUAGCAUAAAAAAAUGGAAUUACGGGACACUCAGUCCUGUACAGGAUGAUUCGUCAAA